GUUGGAGGCGCCGGAGAGCAGCGCGGAUCCGCACUCGCCGCAGCCGAAGAAGACGCGAGCGGAGCGGCGCUGGACGGAACGAUGGCGGCGUCCAAGGUGAAGCAGGACAUGCCUCCCACCGGAGGAUACGGGCCCGUAGAUUACCGGAGAAACCUGCCCAGACGAGGCCUGUCCGGUUACAGUAUGUUCGGCGUGGGCGUGGGGCUCAUGGUGUUCGGAUACUGGAGGCUCUUCCGCUGGAACCGCGAGCGCAGACGGCUGCACAUCGAGGAGCUGGAGGCGCGCAUCUCUUUACUGCCGCUGCUGCAGGCCGAGCACGACCGCCGGUGAGGAACAGAUCAAGUCU